GCUAUUAAUCUUAGACUGCAGUACUGAUCUUUUCCGGUGGAUCUGAUGCAGGUCACAGGUAGAUGUUAUUAUGUCUUUGGACUGGGGAGGAAACCAGAGUAUCCAGAGGAAACCCGCCCAAAGCAUGGGGAGAGCCUGCAAACUCAUCCAAAACAGGGAAGAGGCAGGAGUCAAACCUCCAACCCUGGAGGUGCGAGGCAAAUCUGCUAACCACUAAGCCACCAUGCGCCCUAGCUCGUUCUUUCUUUCUUUCUUUCUUCCUGUAACUUGUAAAUACUUCGACAUUAGCAUUAAUCGCAUCUGUAGCCUACAUGUACAUAUGAUCCAGAUUCUACGCCACUGUCUCUGAUUAGCUUUGUGUAAGGACAUCUGUGUUCACAGUAUUUUGUUUCACUGAUGUACAAAUCUAAAUCCUCCUCACUGAACUGGAUUGCAUGCAUAAUUAGAGAUUGUAUACAUAGUUUAUUUUUCGCUUGCUGGGCUAGACACACCUGAAGAAAUGUCAGACAGGAAAUACAACAUUGCUCUGUGUGUUCGGUGCUUGUCUUGUCCUGUUGAUAUUUUGACGAAAACCGAAUUGAGGAAAUGGAGGUCAGUUGUGCGUCGAUGAAAGUCCAGCUGUUCGUCAUGAUUAUUUUUCCUCAGACGUCAGCAGUCACACACACUCUUCAGUACCUCUACACUGCACUCACACCAGGAAUGAAUUUCCCAGAGUUCACUGCUGUUGGUCUGGUGGAUGGACAGCACAUAGUGUAUUACGACAGCAGCAUCAUGAAGAUGAUCCCAAAGACAGAGUGGAUCCAGAAGAUUAAUGCUGAUGAUUCAGAUUACUGGAACAACCAGACACAGCGUAUGCAGAGUGAUCAGGAGGAUCUCCGUCAUCUUCUGCUUACAGUAACGAAAGACGUUAAUCACACUAAAGGAGUUCAUACUCUACAGAGGAUAUACGGCUGUGAGUGUGAUGAUGACGGCACCACUAGAGGAUACGAUCAGUACGGUUAUGACGGAAAAGAUUUCCUGGCUGUCGAUCUGAAAACUGGAACCUGGACUGCAGCUAAUGAUAAAGCUGAGAUCAUCAAACACAAGUGGGAGUCUACAGGAGCUGAGGGUUUAUACUGUAAGAACUUCCUGGAGAAGGAGUGUAUCGAACGAUUAAACACAUUUGUGUCUUACAGCAGAGAGACUCUGGAGAGGAAAGUUCGUCCCAUGAAGUUUGUGUUCCAGAGGGACGCUAUACGUUCUCCAGAGGUGGUGUGUCAUGCUACAGGUUUCUUCCCCAAAACAGUGAUGAUCACCUGGAGGAAGGACGGAGAGGAGUUCGUUGAUGACGUGGAUCUCAGAGAGACGUUACCCAACCAGGAUGGAAGCUUCCAGAAGAGAAGCAUUCUGACAGUCUCAGCUGAGGAUCUGCAGAAACACACCUACACCUGCGUGAUUCAGCACAGCAGCUUGGAGAAGGAGAUGGUGCUGCCUGUGAGCGAGCGCCGAAUCCUGAAACCUGGUGGAGGAUCCAUGGUGCUGACUGGUAUUUGUUGCAUCGUUGUUGCACUCUUGGCUUUCGCUCUGGUUCUCUCCUUGCCUGCGUUGAUGGAACGCUUAUUUGGAGUACAAGGAUAUCUGGUGAGAGGAGGUUUCUUCCCCAUAACAGUGAUGACACUUGGAGGUAGGACGGAGAGGACGUGUAUGAGGACGUGGAUCUCAGAGAGAUGUUAUCCAACCAGGAUGGAAGCUUCCAGAAGAGAAGCAUUCUGACAGUCUCAGCUGAGGAUCUGCAGGAACACACCUACACCGUGAUUCAGCACAGCAGCUUGGAGAAGGAGUUCUGAUAACACUACAGACUUCCAGAGUGAAAGCUGAUUUAUUGAUGCAGCAGAUAAUAUUAUUAUCUAUGUUACAGUUACUAUUUUAUCAGCUUCAUUGAGAAUGUACAGUAGACACUGAUAUGAGUGUGUAGUGAUGAUGGAUCAGGUUUGUUCUCAGCUCACAGAAUGUUAGUUGUUUUUUUUUUUAUUUAGUGAAAAUUUAAGAAGCAAAGUUCUGGAGUAAAUUGUUUACAAUCCUUGUGUCUUUCAAACUUCGCGCUGUUCUGGUCCCAUCCAGUUGUGUGAGCCAUAUCUGUUAAUUAAAUAUCAUUAAACAUACAAUUUGAUAGACCAUGUACAAAGAAUAUUGAAUAUGGUACUGGACAUGUCACUUACUACUACUACUACUAUUACUACUACUACUACUACUAAUAAUAAUAAUAAUACUACAACUACUACUACUACUACUAAUACUAAUGCUACUACUACUACUAUUACUACUACUAAUACUAAUGCUACUACUACUAAUACUACUACUACUACUACUACUACUAAUACUAAUGCUACUACUACUAAUAAUAAUACUACUACUACUACUACCA